GACAUGGACAGUGGGAGGUCGUGAGUGUGUGGUGGAGGGGGGAUAAUCUCCUUGGGAACCAGAUCAUUAAAAAAAGGUAUUGACCCACACACUGCUCAUUUUCUCUUAACCAUAUAUUCACAACGCUCUCUUUUUUUUUUUUUCUUUUUUUUGGGAGUACUAGCAUUUUUCUGUGGAAAUUCUGGUUUCUACCCAGUUUUUACUGGCAAUAAAAUGUUUUAUUAACAAAACCUUAUAUAUGGAAAUGACACCAGAGACUCCUGAGUCUGAGCAGUAAGAGCACGAGACAAGACUGCUCAUAUAAAUAUGGGCAUCCCUUCUUCCAGUGUCUCGAUGCACCUAGUGCUCCUUUCCAUACUCUCCUCCUUAUGCCUUACCAGUAAAGCAGCCCAAUACCGCUACCAUUUCUGUUCAAACCAAACCACUUUCUCCCCCAAUAGCACCUACCGGUCUAAUCUCAGCCACCUCCUCUCUUUCCUUUCCGCAAAUUCCACCACUGAAACCGGUUUCUACAACACCACAGCGGGUCAAACUCAAACACCAGAGAACACAGUUUACGGCCUCUUCCUCUGCCGUGGUGAUCUCAGCACCAAAGAGUGCCGAGACUGCGUGUCAACCGCAACCAAAGAGAUCGUUCAGCUGUACUGCCGAGAUGAAAAAGUGGGUGUGAUAUGGUAUGAUGAAUGUGUGUUACGCUACUCAAAUCGAUCCUUCUUCUCCGUCAUGGAAGACGAGCCGAGAACGGUUCUGUGGAACUUGUUGGAUAUAACAGAGAGAGAUCGCUUCCUUCAGCUAUUGGAAAAAGCAUUGAGUGACUUGGUGCCAGCGGCCGCAAAUGCUUUGUCUGGUGCUAAAAAGUUUGCUACCAAAGAAACCAAAUUUACCGAAUCGCAAACGUUAUACAGCCUUGUGGAGUGUACCCCUGACCUAUCCAGCUUUGAUUGCAAUAGGUGUCUUCAGGGAGCCAUAGCUAAGUUGUCCAAAUCUUAUGAUGGAAAGAGAGGGGGGCGAGUUCUGUCUCCUAGUUGUAACAUUAGGUAUGAAGUUUUCGCGUUUUUCCAUGUACAAGCUCAAGCUGAUGCCCCACAACCAAAAGGAAAAGGCAAAAUCUCAAUGGUAAUAGCUAUCAUUAUUGGUGUUACAAUUGCUGCGUCUGUGGUGCUAGUCGUUCUGCUUUACUGUUUCCAAAGGAGGAAAGAAAGAAAGAAGUCCAAUGCUACAAACGAAAAGAAUUCUGGGAAAUCUGACGGCCUCCUAAGUUUUCAUGCAGAUGCAAGUGAAAUAACGAAUGUAGAAUCCUUGCAAUUUGAUUUUGAGACAAUUGAAGCUGCCACAAACAAAUUCUCAGAUGACAGCAUAAUUGGUGAAGGUGGAUUUGGUAAAGUUUACAAGGGUGUGCUACUUGAAGGGAAGGAAGUAGCCGUUAAAAGGUUCUCAAUGAAGUCAUUGCAAGGCUUAGAGGAAUUCAAAAAUGAGGUCCUACUUAUUGCAAAACUUCAACACAAAAAUCUUGUGAGGCUUUUGGGAUGUGGCAUAGAGGGAGAAGAAAAGCUGCUUGUCUAUGAGUUCAUGCCUAACAAAAGCCUAGAUUUUUUUAUUUUUGAUUCAAAAAGACGCUCACAGCUUGAUUGGAAGACUUGCAAUAAUAUUAUUAGUGGGAUUGCCAGAGGACUUCUAUAUCUUCAUGAGGAUUCCCGACUUAAAAUCAUUCAUAGGGACUUGAAGCCUAGUAAUGUGUUGUUGGACCAUGACAUGGUUGCCAAAAUAUCUGAUUUUGGAAUGGCGAGGAUCUUUUGUGAAAACCAGAAUAUAGCUAGCACCAAAAGAGUUGUAGGAACAUAUGGGUACAUGGCUCCAGAAUAUGCAUUGGAAGGAGUAUUCUCUGUGAAGUCUGAUGUCUUUAGCUUUGGUGUAAUCUUGCUUGAGAUUAUUAGUGGAAAAAGGAAUAGUGGCUUCUACCUUACAGAACAUGCCCAAACACUCCUUGCAUAUGCAUGGAGAUUGUGGUGUGAAGAUAAAGUGUUAGAGUUCGUGGACAACUUCUUGAUGGAAUCAUGUUGGACAUCAGAAAUUGUAAGAUGCAUACAUAUCGGACUUUUGUGUGUGCAGGAAAAUCCAAACGACAGACCCACCAUGUCAACUGUGGUAGUUCUGCUAGGAAGUGAAUCAAUAGACCUUCCUGAACCAAAGCACCCUGCAUUCUCUGUGGAUAAAUUCACUCAGAUUGAUGAAUUCUCUGUAAAUGAGCUUAGCAUUUCUAACAUUGUACCACGAUGAAUAGGGACAGAGCCAGAACUUAGAGUUAGGGGAGGUGGCUUUGCUGUUAGUUAUGUGUAGUGACUUUGGCUUUUGACUUUGUUGUUACUUAGUUGUUUAGUUGCAAAUUGUUUAAAAUUUUUUAAAGGGCUAGAUUGUUUGUUUUUAGUAAAAUUGGUUGA